CCCCCACCCCCGUCUUCUCAUCGCAGAGUGGUACAACCCGAAACCGAUGGCGGAGCUGCGGGGAAGAGUCCAUCAGAGCAAGAAGGAGGGGGGUUGAGACCGGCGCUACCUAAUCACUAUAGGGGGCACGCAUGCGCCCUACGCGCCGCCCCGCCCUACCGGCCGGCUCGGGGCCGGAGCGGAGACAAAGGCGCCGCGCCCCCACCCCCCCACCCCCCCGCCCCGCCCCGGUUAUAACGCGCCCCCCUCCCGGUACCGCGCCGGCCCAUGGCUGCGGGGGCUGCUCCAUGCCUGGGGGGGAGCCAGAGGCGGGUGGGGGGCCGGCCGGUAUGGCGGGAGGGCGGCAGAGCAGUGGCAGCGCAGCCGGAGGGGUGUCUGUGAAGAUGGCGCUACGACGGGCCUACUCCAUCAAGGACAAGCUACAGGCCAUCGAGAGGGUGAAGAAGGGCGAGCGGCAGGCGUCGGUGUGCCGGGCCUUCGGGGUACCGGGGGGUACGCUGAGGGGUUGGCUGAAGGACGAGGCCAAGCUACGGUGGUUCCUGGAGCAGCUGGGGGGUGAGGUGGGCACCCAACGCAAGAAGAUGCGCCUGGCCAACGAGGAGGAGAUCGACCGUGCCGUCUACGCCUGGUUCCUUGCCCUCCGCCAGCAUGGUGUCCCCCUCUCUGGACCCCUCAUCCAAGCCCAGGCCGAGGCCUUUGCCCGGCAGAUCUAUGGUCCUGAGUGUACCUUCAAGGCCAGCCACGGCUGGUUCUGGCGCUGGCAGAAGCGUCAUGGCAUCUCCAGCCAGCGCAUCUACGGCGAGGGCGGCCUUCCUACUGAGCCCGAGCGGGCUCCUGCCGCCUGCCCCGAGACCUUACCGAUGCCGGCCGCUGAUGCCGGAGGCUACAGUGAUGAGCAGAUCUACAACGCCAACGUCACCGGGCUCUACUGGAAGCUGCUGCCGGGGCAAGCCGGCGGGGCAACGGCGGCAGCACGGCGGCGGCCGGCUCCCCGUGAGCGGGUCACCGUGCUGCUGGCUGCCAAUUUAACUGGCUCCCACAAGCUCAAGCCGCUGGUGGUUGGGGGCUUUCGUGAUCCCCCCAGCCUCCGCCAUCACAACCAGGACAAAUUCCCCGCUUGCUAUCGCUACAGUCCCGAAGCCAGGUUGGGGCCGGCACUUCUCCGGGCUUGGUUCUUUGAGGACUUUGUGCCGGGCGUCAAACGUUAUCUGCGCCGGAGCUGCCUGCAGCAGAAGGCCGUGUUGCUACUUAGCUCCCCACCACCCCCAUCCGGGACGGGCUCCGAGGAAUCCCCGCCACUGCAGACGCCUGACGGCUCCAUCCGUGCGCUCUUCCUCUCCAAGGGCCCUGCUGGGAGCGGCUCAGCUGGAGGAGGAGGCCGAAUCCCAGCCCCGCUGGAGCAAGGGGUGGUAUCCGCCUUCAAGCAGCUCUAUAAGCGGGAAUUGCUGCGCCUGGCCGUCUCGUGCGCAGCCGGCGGUGGCACCGGUGGCCCCAUGGAUUUUGUGCGAUCCUUCCUCCUCAAGGACAUGUUGUACCUGGCCGGCCUCUCCUGGGACCUCAUCCCGCCCGGCUCCAUCGAGAAGUGCUGGCUGCUGGGGCUGCGCGCUGCCUUUGAGCCCCAGCCCGGGGAGGAAGAGCAUGGAGACCCCUCACGCGGGGAGGAAGGCUGUGGGGACAGCAAAGUCUUUAGCGACCUGACCCACUUGGCUGCGUUGGCCUAUAAGCGCUUGGCUCCCGAGGAGGUGGCCGACUGGUUGCACUUGGACGAUGCGGCCCCGGGUACAGAGGAGGAUAAUGGGGAAGACGAUGCUGAGGAGGAAGGCCCUGGGGGCUGCGGGGCAGAGGAGGAUGAGGAGGAGGCAGCUGCCGGAGAUGGGGGUGGCAGAAGGGGUGGGGAAGGGGGGGAUGGUUUGCUUCCCACGGCUCGGGAAGCCAUCAAAGGUCUGGAGACUGCGUUGCGCUGGCUGGAGGGUCAGGACCCCCGGCAAGUGGGGCCGCUCAAACUGGUGCAGCUCCGCUCCCUCAUCAACAUGGCCCAGCGGCUUCACCGCGGCGGCAGCCCCCAUUCCUAGGGCAGGGCGACCCAUGACCUCUCGGCUACCAACUACCCCGUUUGGGGUGGGGGGGUACGGGGCUGGGGACACCCCAGUUGUCCCGGGGGGCUGGCGGCAGAGGUGCCAGCUCCCCUCACCUCUCCGUGGUGGGGUGGUCCCUGGGGCUCAGGAGGCCCGAACACCCCUGGAUUACCACAGUUCAGGGGGGGUUACGAUUUAGGGCUAACGGGGGUCUUUUGUACAAGAGCCCCUCUGUACGUUGUGUAUUCGAGGGUUGUUCCUAAGUAUACUUAGGAGGUGCUAUUUUUUAAAUCCCAUGAGACUGAACAGGGGUGGCCCCCUGGUCACUGGCACCACUAGAAGGGGCUGGAUGCCCCCUGUGCUGCCCGGUCCCCCCAACCCUAUUGGGAGAAGGGGCAAGGGAGGGACUGCUCAGAGUCACCACGAGGAGUCGGGAUGAUGGGGGAAGUUACACUAAUUCCUCACAUCUCGGAGUGAGGCUGAGGUCGGCACAGCCGGCUGGAUGGGGACCACUCUUGGGGUCAAAUGUUCUGCCCUGGAGGAGGCUGCUGAUGCCCUUCCCACUGCCAAAAUGGAGUCCUGUUAAACUGGGAAGGUUUGGGGCUGGUUUAAGACAACCUUCUUCAUGCACUGGAUUAGGACAGGGACACUUAGGUGGCAUCCAAGAAGCUGUGGCUCCCCAGAGAGGGUCAACUCCAUCAUUCCCGUGACAGCCCCGUGCCUGGGAACACCCAGACCACAGAGACCUGCUGAAACAGGUACCAUCAUCCUCGCAUCCUUGUGAAGCCAAGGUCUCUGGGAAUGGGGGUUGAGGUUUUCCCCGCCGGGGUUUGCCGGGCAGCUGGGAAUGGAGCACGCAUUUCGUGGUGUGGGGGAGAUGGCCACCAGUGUGAUGUGCAUCGUGAGUUGAGAUGGGAGCAGGAAGGGCUCCCAGCAUCGCCUUGAAAUACUGGAGGCAUCAGAUGUGAAUUUGGCAGCUCUUGACCUAAUUUGGAUUAAUUUUAGCCUGGUUAGCCAAAUUAUUGAAAGGAGGAAAAAAACCCAAACAAUUGCUGAGUGCUGCCAUGCCCCGUGUCAGCGGGCGGGGUGGGUGUUUUUACUUGUUGGGUCUUUGUCUCAUAACUUCAGAGUUUAUGAAAAUUAAAUGGAUUUUUAUUCCCA